AUGCACUUGUCGGCGGAGAGCGGCUCCCGCGAUGCGAUGGCUGAGUUCUUCGUGCCCGUGGAACGGACACUGACGGAAGUUCUGAGCGAGCACCCGGGCGAGUUGGUGAAGACGGGCAGCCCGAAUGUCGUCUGCUCGGCCCUCCCGACGCACUGGCGGUCGAACAAGACGCUCCCGGUCGCCUUCCGGGUGGUCAGUCUCGGGGAAGUCGUGGACGGGACGGUGGUGACGGUCCGGGCGGGCAACGACGACAAUUUUUGCGGAGAACUCAGAAACGCGACGGCUGUCAUGAAGAACCAAGUGGCCAAGUUCAACGAUCUCAGGUUUGUCGGCCGCAGCGGAAGAGGAAAGAGCUUCACUUUAACGAUAACACUCAGCACUAGUCCUCCUCAAGUGGCAACUUAUGUUAAAGCCAUCAAAGUCACUGUCGAUGGUCCACGAGAGCCCAGAAGACAGCAGUACCACCUCAGAGCUUUUGCAUCCGCAUUUGGUCAGCGGUCACCUUUCCUCGACCCCCGGUUAGUGGACCCCCUUAGAGAAUGGGAACACAUGCGAAGGAAGACAGCCGAGCAGUGGGCUCUUGACUUGCCAAUGAGGAUACCUGGCCCUCACGCUGAUCCGUCCCAUGUUGCUUUUCCGUUCAACAGCGAAGCGCAAUGGAAUCCUCACGCGGGCCAUUACCAGAACUACUUAAGCCAUGGCUUACCAAAUGCUGGAUUUCCUGGUUGUCCUCAGAUGGAUGUCACAUCAGCUCAUGAUUCGGGUCACGCCACUCCUCAAGCCACGCCCACAGGUCUAGUUCCCGAUCGCCAUUCUUCAAACCCACCCGCACAUUUUCCAGCCAUAAAUGAGCAGCAAGCAUCUCCAGGAGCAGUCCUCAAGGACCCUCUUUUCGUAUCCAGGUACAACAAUGCAGUCGCAGCAGCCUCAGAACUUUGCCUCACUGAUCGUCUGACCGAAUUACGCCACGGACUGUCAGGAAACAAUCCUGCCGCGUGCAACUCCUACCCCCCACACGCGUUGAACAACACCUCGUUGGCAUUCUUAGCAGCCGGCACAGCCACCCACAACAGCAACCUCCCGUAUUUUUCAAUGACUCAUGGCAGUUACAGCAUGCUGUCCCAUGGUUUCUAUGGCAACGGCAAUCAAGUAAGGGGUUCCAAUCCUUCCUUGGUGGCCGCAGCAACUGCAGCUGGUAUGUACCUCACCCCUCCCAUGAUGCCGUCAUCCUUGUUGUACUCUCAGCUUUACUCGUCCCAGAACCAGAUUCAAUCAUCCAUGCAUCUUCUCAACAACAACAAUGAACCUGGUAGCUCAUCAGCUGAGGAAGACACCACCAUGAUUCAGAGGAACCUGGACAGUGGUGGACCGUCCGUGUCCAGAGACUCUAGUACUGGUGAUUCGGUGUUGCAAUCGGAAUGUAGUAGUGAUCACAGCACUCUUGACGUGCGGAGGAACGUGACGUCAGAUGUUCAACAAGAGGAAGGACUCAAAGAACAAAGGCAUAGUCUAUCUUCUAUUAACAAUAGUUCCGAGAACAAACCGGAAAUUUUCACAUCUGAAUCAAACGGUCAUGUACAAAGUGACUCGAAUUUGUGGCGUCCAUACUGACGAAUACUUGUUCUGUGUAUAAAUAUUUUGAGUUUCCGUCCUUUACUCCUUGUGAUUUCAAAGACUAAAAUUUUGUACGUUGUAAAAAGAGAGCGUCUAUAUGUACAAUUCUAAAUGAAAAUUGAGGUUUAAAAUUAUGUCCCCUUACAAAAUACCUUUUUCGUUGUGUAAUUAUGAAUCACUUGAAAAACAGUUUCAUUUAUUACACCUCUUAAAAAUACAGUGCAGUCUGAUACAGUGUUUAAUGUUUCGUGAUAUUG